AGAGAUAUAUCGAAAGGUCGUGAACUCCGACCCAUAAUGGUCAUCAACCAUGUGGACGAUGAGGUCCUACCCAACGACUUCAUCUACAUAUCUGGAUACGUUGAAACCAGUCCCAUCAACGUCAACAAGCUGGUCACUUCGCUUAAGCAUUGCAAAUGUUCUGAUAAUUGCACGUCAUCAUCGGCAUGUUCUUGCUCCAGAGCCAGUUGCAAGAGAUGGUAUGAUAAUUCUGGAAGAUUGACGGAAGAUUUCAACUACCUCGAUCCGCCGCUUAUAUACGAAUGUAAUAUUCUCUGCAUCUGUGAUUCGUCCUGCCAUAACCGAGUCAUCCAAUCAGGAACGAUAAAUUAUUUACAAGUCUUCAGAACGAAUGGUCGUGGCUGGGGCUGUAGGACCUUGAAGAAUAUCUCCAAAGGGACGUUUGUAUGCGAGUACGCUGGCGAGUUGAUAACAGACGAAGAAGCCAACAGGAGAGAGGAUGAUUCGUACUUGUUUGACCUUGACACUCAGGAUGAGGAAACUUAUUGCAUAGACGCAUCGAAGUUCGGUAAUGUUAGCAGAUUCAUCAAUCACCUCUGUGAACCCAACGUCAAGCCCGUCAAGGUGUUUGUCGACCACCAUGAUCUGAGGUUUCCACGAAUUUGCUUCUUCGCCAGUAAAGACAUCAAGGCCUUUGAUGAAUUAGGAUUUGACUACGGCUACAAGUUCUGGUCCAUAAAGUGGAAGCAGUUCACGUGCACUUGUGGCUCUCGCAACUGCAAAUACAGUACGGACACCAUACUUCAGACUAUCGAGGAGUACAGCAACGCCUCGCCGUCGUCAGCCUCCUUGUCGCAGAACGUCCUCGAUGACGUCAGAGAUCAUUGA